CGCUCCCUUUCAGUUUCUCCUUUUCUUUGCGGCACACGGCGAAGGUGGCAGUGUAGUGUAGUACAGUGUUCAGUGAAAUCCUCGGCUGAAGAUGGCUUUAGAAGAACCAGUAGCUAAAAAACCCAAGUUGGAAGAGAAAGAACUCAGCCAGAAUAUGCUCUUUGGAAUGGGCAACCCACUACUGGACAUUUGUGCUGUGGUUAAUAAAGAUUUCCUUGACAAGUUUGGACUUAAGCAAAACGAUCAGAUAUUAGCAGAAGAGAAGCACAAAGCUUUGUUUGAUGAGCUUGUGAAAAGGUUCAAAGUAGAAUACCAUGCUGGCGGCUCAACACAAAACUCUGUUAAAAUUGCCCAGUGGAUGAUUCAACAGCCGCAUAAGGUUGCCACAUUCUUUGGCUGUAUUGGCACUGAUAAGUUUGGCGAAAUCCUGAAAAGGAAAGCAGAAGAGGCCCAUAUUGACGCUCAUUACUAUGAACAGAGUUUGGAGCCAACAGGAACUUGUGCAGCCUGUAUAACUGGCGACAACAGAAUGUGCUCAUACGAAAAAGUCCUCAAGGCUGGAAGAACCCAUGGUUAUAGGUCCCUUGUUGCAAACCUUGCAGCAGCCAAUUGUUACAAAAAGGAAGAUCAUUUGGAUAUAGAAGAAAAUUGGAAGCUUGUUGAAAAGGCAAAGGUCUACUACAUUGCAGGUUUUUUCCUUACAGUUUCUCCAGAGUCCACACUGAAAGUAGCUAAACAUGCCUCUGAGCACAACAAGGUCUUUGGCUUGAACUUGUCAGCACCAUUUAUCAGCCAGUUCUACAAGGAGCCGAUGAUGAAGGUUAUGCCCUACGUGGAUAUCAUUUUUGGAAAUGAAACGGAGGCUGCCACUUUUGCAAGAGAGCAAGGCUUUGAGACAGAAGAUAUAGAAGAAAUUGCAAGGCGGGUACAGAAGUUGCCAAAGGUAAACAAGAAGAGACAGCGAAUUGUAGUCUUCACCCAAGGGAAAGAUGGCACCGUAGUCACCAGUGGUGAUGAAGUAACCAUUUACCCUGUUUUAGAAAUUGACCAGAAAGAUAUUGUGGACACUAAUGGUGCUGGAGAUGCAUUUGUUGGAGGUUUCCUGUCCCAGCUUGUAUACGAACGGCCCCUGGAGGAGUGCAUUCGUGCUGGCCACUAUUCAGCCAAUGUCAUCAUCAGACGGGCUGGGUGUACAUUCCCAGAGAAGCCAGAAUUUCACUAAAAGCUGAGAAUGAGUUCGGGAACAAGAGUCAUCCCUGUUUCGAGGGGACAGCUGCCUCAUCCUUUUACCACCAACCCCUAUCUUUCUUUUUUUGCUUUUUAAUUGAACCACACUUUCCCUCCAGUGCCUGCAUUUUGACUUCUGUACUACUUUUCAUCACAUUCUGGUUAAUUUCCGGUUCACAAAGGUGCAUUUUGUGGAUAUUUUCUAAUUACUUAAUAGGAGACCUGGCAUUAUUUACAGCUCUCUUAUUAAAAAGAAAAGUGUUACCUUAAUAGCUUUAUUAAGCAGAUACAGUUAAAUGUAAUGUUCUUGUAAUUGUAUUUUAAUAUGUUGACUGACUAUGUUUGCGGAAUUUAAAUGAUACAUUUUAGGCACAAAUUCAUGCGAUCUCAUGAAUAAUGCGAAUGUGUCUAUUUAAGUAAUGUAUUUUUACAGUUCAAUUGUAAUUACACGGUUGUGGCUGUUUUAAGGGAAUUGUUUUAUAAUAAUAAAAUAACAAGAAUUAAAAGAAAAUUAAAGUUAAAUGCAGAGAUAUUUAUGCAGGAUUUUAUAUCAAAACAUACCAAAAUAAAUCUCGAAGCGCACAGGUUUCAAAACUUUAUUUUUACUUUUUUUUUUUUUUUUUUUUUUUUUUGAUGGUUCUGGACUUUUGGAUGAUAUGGUCAGUGUGUGUUUCUGCAGGGAUCAAUUCUCUGUCUGUAUUAGUUCAGUGCACUCUGCCAUCUCAGACUUGAAGAAUAAAAAUGUCAACAACCCUA